AUGUCGUUCAAAACACUCGCUACUUUGCUUGUCCUUCGAGGUCUCUCUUUCACGUUAGCUCAAGAUUCUGCUUGCGCAGAGUCGUGCAACGACACCUUGACAAGCUGCCAGGCUACCACCGACGCAGACCUGACCCAGUGCCAGUCGGACUACACCACAUGUCUUGACGCGUGUCCUGUAACCACGACCACCAUAUCUACGACAAGCUCUGAGGAGCCAACUACUACGAGGUCUACAGAGACUACUACAAGUUCUACGGACACAACUACUACGAGUUCUACAGAGACUACCACAAGUUCUACAGAGACUACUACAAGUUCUUUGUACACUACUACAAGCUCUACAGACACGACUACCACAAGCUCUUCGUACACAACUACCACGACUCCUGCAAUCACGACAACAACCACCACUAGCUGGACCACCACUUCGACUCCAUCUCCAACCACCACCAUCUCGGUCUCUCCCUGCGCUCAGGCCUGUAACGAUGCACUUGAUGACUGCCAAGCCGCGCCGAACGCAAAUCAAGCAUCCUGCGCCGCCAACUAUGCAAGCUGCCUCAACUACGACCCAUUUACCAAUACCCCUUUCGUCACGGCCACUGCUUGCUCUGCUAGCUCGACAACGACGACGACUCCACCUGCAACCACCACCUCAGUCUCUCCUUGCGCUCAGGCCUGUAACGCUGCACUGGUCAGCUGCCAAAACGCGCCAAACGCAAAUCAAGCAUCCUGCGCCGCCAACUAUGCAAGCUGCCUCAACUACAACCCAUACACCAAUACCCCUUUUGUCACAGCUACCGCUUGUUCUGCUAGAUCGACGACGACAACUCCACCUGCAACCACCACCUCAGUCUCUCCUUGCGCUCAGAAGUGUAAUGCUGCACUUGUCAGUUGCCAAAACGCGCCGAACGCAAACCAAGCAUCCUGUGCCGCCCAGUACGCAAGCUGCCUCAGCUACAACCCAUACACCAAUACCCCUUUCGUCACAGCCACCGCUUGCUCGCCGCGCUCGACAACCACAACGCCGCCUUGGACGACCACGACGGCGCCUCCCGCCCCAGGCUGCGCACAGAAAUGCGUCUCCUCUUACACCUCCUGCAACACUGCAUCGGUCAGCGGCUUACCACCUAACCACGCCUACUGCGCAGCUCAACUGGCCGGAUGCGUAAACUACAACCCCUUCACCGGCAGCCCAUUCGUGACACCAACAGCAUGCUCACCCACUCUACCACCUCCAGCUCACACCACCACUCCCGCGGCGGGUUGCGCACAGAAAUGCGUCUCCUCUUACAACUCCUGCAACACCGCAUCGGUCAGCGGCAUGCCAGCUAAUCACGCCUACUGCGCAGCCCAACUCGCCGGAUGCGUAAACUACAACCCCUUCACCGGCGGCUCUACAUUCGUCACACCCACAGCAUGCUCACCCACUUCGCCACCUCCAUCUCCGCCACCACCGACGUCAAGGUCAACUGGUCCGCCCAUCGUCGUCGUCACUACCGCACCACCACCACCACCACCCGUCGUUGUCAUUACUGUGACUCCACCACCCGUCAUCGUGACGACCUCCCCCAACGGUGGUGCUCCCGUGACUAUCACUUCCACACCGACGCCUGUGGUCUCGACUAUCACUCCUACUACGUCAGCGACUCCCGUCUCGACUUUCAAGGGCGAUGCUGCUGCCGCUCCGGCGGCUCUUGGAUGGGCCGCGCUAGGUUUGCUGGCGUUCCUCUAA